CUCGCACACAUUCGGCAUGCAUGAGAGAGAGCGUGAGUAAAACAGAACCGGAGAGAAAGGAGAGAACAAGUGAAUGAGGGCGAGAGAAAGAGAUCUACAGGCAAUUGUUGCUAAAGAAAUUUCAUUUCUGUAUGAGAGGAGGCAGCUGCAGGCAUAGGAUAUUGCGGGUUCAAAGGCAUCUGGCUUAAGAUAGAUCCAGUCCUGCAGAACCCAAGGGGAUGGCUGAUUUUAAGGAGAAAGCUUACUGCAUGUUUCGGUUCACUUGUGUGGCAUCACAACAUCAGUGGAAACCUCUUCAUUGUCUUCUGUAGGAGACGAUUCACCAUUCUGUAUUCCUCUGGAGGUUUGUACGUUAACACCAGUGGGUAUGAGUCAGUCUGGGAUCCUACUUCUUCUGGUCACAUAUCCUCUACUGAGUAUCCUGCAUGGUGUCACCUGUAAGGCAGAGAGUGGACACUUGGGGGACAACAAUCCGGACAGGUGUAUGAGACACCAUUUUGUGGAGACCAUCACACAUCCCAUCUACAAGUGCAAUGCAAAGAUGGUUCUCCUGGCUCGAUGUGAGGGUCACUGCAGUCACACGUCCCGCUCGGAUCCACUAAUAUCUUUCAGCUCUGUCCUGAAGCAGCCUUUUAAAAGCACGUGUUUCUGCUGCCGUCCACACACCUCCAAACUGAAGGCGGUACGCUUGCGCUGCUCGGGCGGCACGCGGAUAACGGCCACUUACCGUUACAUCCUCGCGUGCAGCUGCGAAGAGUGCAGCUGAAUACAUUUAGCGUGGACAAAGACCCUCUGGAUAAAAGUUAAUAAAAAAAUAGAUGCAGGUACAUUUUAUUGCUGAAGAUGAUAAGCAACGCAUGUUACGAUUCAUUAGCGCUGCCGAAGACUUCAAGAAGAAUCACAUCCCGUGUUUGUUUGGAUUUCCAGAUGGUCGCGCGACAGUUGCACCUGCGCAUGCGCUCAGCCAGUCAAAUAACUUUCAUUGCAUUCCAUUGUUUUUAUCACUGCAUGUGUAAAAUAGCGGAUGCCGACAACAACACCAUAAAUCGUGAUUGAAAUGCGAGCUAUUAUAUAAUAUCUGACUAAACUUGAUAAACAGACCGCAACAGAUAAAGUUGCAUUUAUAAAUAGACAUAAGGCAACUGAAUGCCAGUGGUGGACUAUAUGUUUGCUAAUUAUUUGUGUGUAGAGUAGAAAUCGUGGUCUUUAAAAGCAUUCUUGUAAAAUUCAAAUAAUUUUAAACUAUAUGGAAACCUUUUACAAGUGUAUUUAACCGCUGGGUUAACAUAGAUCUAUGAUGUGGAAAAUGUCAGUGUUAAAGUCUGUUUAAGUCUUUUAAUGGCUUAGAAAUAUACUAGCAACGAGCUGUCAAGCUAAUCAUGUACAGUUAUGAUAACUAUGUUUUCAUUGUGUAAUUGUACAGUACAGUGAAUGAUAAAUCUUAUACAUAUAGAUAUGUGCAUUGUUCCCCAAAUUCCUCUGGUCUGUGGUAAUAAAUUCACCCUUCACAAAUUC